AUGAUCUCGCGCAGCCUCCUUACCACAGCAGCCGCACCUCUGCGCAAUUUGCGCACCAUCCGAACCUUCACCACCACCCCUCUCCCCCGAAAGGUGUACGAGAACGUCUCGUCCAGCACGUUCCAAUCUCGCGUGCUCUCCCCCACCGGCGCCGACGCCGACACCCCCGUCCUCGUAGACUUCUUCGCCACCUGGUGCCAACCUUGCAAGCUCCUAUCCCCUUCGCUCCACAAGAUAGCCACACAACCCGAUCUCGUAGGCGGCAAACACGUUGAUCUCGUCACCAUCGAUGUCGAUCAACACCAGGACAUCGCCAGGGACUUCAAGGUCAGCGCUAUGCCCACGGUGAUCGCGUUGAAGAAUGGAAAGGUAUUGGAUGGGUUCGUCGGCAUGUUGCCGGAGAAAAAAGUCGUCGAGUUCGUUCAGAACCUCAAGUAG